CCUACCACCAAGGACGACGCAGGAACAGAGCGCACGGGGGUGGGAGCCAUUGACCACGUUUGGCAAACACCACCAUCUGCCAGUGACCCCGACAAGAGUGCCUCUCAAUCCCAUCACCCCGCCCAGCGUAUACGCACCGUUGGAACUAGUGGCUAAUGACCGACCCCUACCAAUUGGGGUCAGGUCUAGGACUGUCCUGCGACCUCAGCCGAGGAGGAGGCCGGGAGCUCAUCAGGACGGAGGAGUAUACCCGGUGCUUCAGCUAGAGCCCAUCGACGGGACUGCGGAACCGAUAGAGCUCCCUUCUACUUCCCCCGAAAGCUCACUGGAGGACAUCCACUUCACCCAAGAGACGCUGGACGCCAUCAUCGAGCUGGAACGGCAGGCAAGCGAGGAGCAUGACAGGGUAGAGGAACCUAGACCACUGCCUCGUAGGGAGUCUGUGGAGGAUCUAGCAUCGCCCUUCCUCUCUGUGGCUGGCACAGAAGACGCCAUAGAGGAGCCACCCGCGCUGCCACAGGACGAGGCCGACGAGGUACUCCCAGGUACUUUUGAGGGAGUCGCCGGACGUCACCUACUCCCAUCCUUGAGCCCACCUUUGGCUGAGAAGGUACAGGACGAAGCGGGAGACCUGAUCGCUACGCCCGUGCCGACAAGGACGCCUAUGACGAGGGGAACCAGUGGCUUGUCCCCAACCGCCCUUUCCAACGGGGUGGAAGGAGAUGUGUCACCCGCCCCAAGCACCCCGCCCAGACCACUGACCCAGGUGGUUCGCGCUGCGAGGACUGAGGCUCCCACUGCUGUUGUACCUGCUGACGUGCCGUUUGCCCCCGAGGCUUCAGAGUCGCCCGAAGCUUGGCCGAUCCGGCAAUUGGGACCGCCCCGCCAGAAGAGGCCGCGUGUCCUGACGCCAUCACCAAGCCCUGCAGCACGAUGGGAAAGGAGGGGAGGAGUGCCUGCAGACUCGGACGAGGAGUUUGCAGGAGAGGACGACGGGAUGGUGUCCCCGGGGGAUCUGAAUUACUCCUCGCCGGAGAGCACGCCAUCCCCAGGAACACUGAUGACGGAAGAGACGCGGUUUAGGAGGACGGGGGGACCUACCCCUGAUCCUAACCUGCGUGACGUAUGGACGGAUGAGACCUUGUCGGUACACCAAAAGUUCUUGAUGCUCGCUGACCUGCCUACUAUCAACAAACCAAUCUUUGGCAGGGUAGCGGAUGCGUUUGGAACGGCAGCCGAGAGGGUGGCGGAGGCCUUUGCUUCUGAUCCUUCCGAACACAACCUGUUCCUAUUCCUGGCUCUACCUAAAGUGGGGCUGGGACUGGGGAUGAAGCGUGCCGGGAUGGGCGCAGAGGAAAGGCUAAAGGCUUAUCCAAAGGUAGAGUGGCAAUGGACGAGACAGCCGGGGAACGCUGGUAAGACAGGACGAUCCGGGGGAAAGGCCAAAUCGGUGGCCAAACAGGUAGAGGAUG